AUGGCGACAACAGACACAGCCACGGGGUUUGUCCCCAGUGAGGACGACAAGAGGACACAAAUCCAGGACCCUGCCGCUGUGGAAUCAGAUGUCGAGACGCUGCUUCAAGGCGCCGAUGAAAAGAAGUUGCUGCGAAAGCUGGAUCUCUACAUCAUUCCGCUGGUCAUGGCGUUGUAUCUGUUUAGUUUCCUCGACAGAGUCAACAUUGGAAAUGCUCGAUUAUACGGCCUCGAGGAAGACCUCAACCUCUCAUCCGAGCAGUUUCAGGUCGCCGUCUCCAUCCUCUUCGUCACCUACCUCAUCUUCGAGGUGCCGUCAAACCUUGUCCUCAAGCUCUUUACUCCCCGGCGGUGGAUAGCCUUCAUAGUCACAGCCUGGGGCAUCAUUGCGACCCUCACCGGACUCGUCGAGUCGUACGGCGCGCUCAUCGCCUGUCGCCUGCUCUUGGGAAUCGUUGAGGCUGGCCUGUUCCCGGGCCUGAGCGUCUAUCUUACCUUCUUCUACACCAAGCAUGAACUUGCCCUGCGGAUAGGCUAUCUUUUCGUCAGCGCUGCGAUCGCGGGCGCUUUGGGAGGGCUACUGGCCUACGGCAUUGGACACAUGGACGGUGUGUGCGGAAUGAAGGGCUGGCGGUGGAUCCUCAUUAUUGAGGGUAUGCCGAGCGUGUUGCUUGGUGUUGUUACCUUGUUUGCGCUGCCGAAUGAUGGCUCGUCGGCGUAUUUUCUCACCGAAGAAGAGAAGCUGCUGAUGGAGGAGAGGCACAAGCGGGACUAUGGGAACACGGCCUCAAGCCGUGAGUUUAGAUUUUCCACCUUUUUGCCCACAAUUAUCGAUGCUCUUGGCGAAUGGAGUGUUGCUCAAGUCCAGCUGCUCACGAUCCCGUGCUACUUCCUGGGGGCAGUGGCAUACAUGAGCAUUGCCGUGCUCUCUGAUCGGCUGCAGAUGAGAGGAGUGUUUUGCGUCAUCUUUGGCCUCAUCAGUGUUGUUGGAUAUGCCGUCUUGCUAUCCGAUUCGUCACCUGGGGUACAUUACUUUGGGUGCUUCCUCGUUGCGGGUGGGCUAUAUGUCGUUGUCGGGCUUCCAAUCGCCUGGUUACCCAACAACACCCCUCGAUAUGGCAAGAGGACGACUGCUACAGGUCUGCAGCUCACCUUUGGCAACAUGUCUGGAAUCAUGUCCGCCUUUAUAUACCCUGCCCCUGAUAAACCACGUUUCAUCCGCGGGCAUGCCGUUUCUCUCAGCAUGGUCGGCGUGGGCACUGCCAUUUACGGCUUCCUCUGGUUCUGGUUUUGGAGAGCGAACAAGAGCCGCGAUGCUGGCGAGCUGAGCGAGGAGCAUCAGGGACUGGAGGAUGAUGAGCUGAAGGAGCUGGGAGAUGACAGCCCUCACUACCGAUACACGAUUUGA